CGAUGAUGAAUGUCAAAUGUGUGUAAACAAAAACAGCCGGAUUUUUAAUCAAAAACAAAAAUAAACUGAUAGAAAUACAACUCUUAUAGUAUUAUAGAAAUAGUGACAAUGAUAUCAGAAUUCGCAAAAGAAAAAGUAUAUUGGACGAGAAAGAUGAAUUUAAAAUUAGUGAAAUUCAUGGAAAGCAGACCGAACAUUUGGAACCCUAAACAUCCAAAGUACACUUCGUUAAAAUACAGAGACAAAACUUACGCGGAAUUUGCUUCAUUGUACGGUAACGAGUUCACAGGACAGAUUGUAAAAGACCGUUGGACGAAUAUACGGUCUACCUUUGCCAAUUACUUGAGGAAAGUAAAAGCAAAUCAGGCUAAAGGCGAUGGAGAGAUUUACAAGGUAACCUGGCACUUAUGGGAUGCCUGCAAGUUUCUACUUAAAGUAAACAAAAACAUUCAAGGGGAUGCAAAUGACUGCAGUAAUAAUGAUUUAAAGGAUGAAACAGAACAAGAAGACUUAUCUAGUAAUUCCGAUAACUCGGAAAAAUCUAACAACAGUGACCCUACAUGUCAAAAUAUAGCUAACGGUAUUCUAAAUGUAUUCCGUGGAGUUCAAAAUGAUGUUUUCGGUUUAGAAAAUACGAAGUAUGGACAAGUAGGACAAUUAGUUGCUCAAAAAUUAUCACAAAUGAGUUCCUAUGAAGCAGCACAAAUGUCAAAUAAAAUAACAGAAAUAUUGUUAAUGUACCAUGAAGAUAAUCCUUUGAAUCCAAAUAAUUUAAAAUCAGAACUAAAUAUAAGUUGAAUAUUAAUGUACAGUCAGCCAAUUUGUUUAUACAGAUAAAAAUAUACUUACCAACUAAUGGUUGUACUAUAGUUGGGCCAUUAUAAAUGUACUAACUACCGUGUCAAAGAAACUGUGGACUGUACAUACAUAUUUAUUAGAUAAUCACUAGAUUAUCUUCGUUUUAGUAUGACACUCAACUUUUAAGUUAAGGACUACAUCUU